AUGGUUCGGAUAAGCGAAGCAAUCACACAGGAUCAUCAGAAAUUGGAAUAUUACUACGAUACCAUUGUCAACUCUGAGGAUGAAGACGAACAAACUCGAUUUCAGAACCAGUUUACCUGGGAACUUGCACGUCACGCCGUGGCCGAGGAAUUGGUAGUUUAUCCAGCAAUUGAAAAAGUGGUACCUGAAGGAAAUGUAAUCACAAACAAGCAUCUUCGUGAGCAUUCAACAAUCAAAGAAAUGCUCGAUGUCUUCCAAGACUUGAGUUGCUCUGAUCCACGUUUUCUUCCUACGAUCACCCUACUGAUGGAUGGUCUCAAUCGACACAUGCGCGAUGAAACAGUUGAUCUGGUCAACUUGGAGAGCUGCCUUACUUUAGAGGAGAGUGGAGAAUUGGCCGAGUCUCUGAACCGCACCAAAAUAUUCGUCCCCUCUCGAGCGCACCCAGAUAGCCCAGAUAAACCCCCUUGCGAGACCGCGGCUGAUUUAAUUACUACUCCCCUGGAUCACCUCCAGGACAUGUUUAAGAAAUGGCCAAAGAAUGAGGUCAAGUGGGACUCGUCAAAUGAGUAG